AUGGCUACCCCCAGUGUUCUUACCUUUGAUGUUGAGGGUCGUGCUGUUAACUUUGAGGACUCGGUCGAUGACCUCCAGCUGUUCCUACAGUGCGAUAGGGCUGACGGACUCUCGCUGUUUGAUCUCACCUCUGGUGCCUCUCCUGCCCCGUCUACUACUGCUGAAAGCACUGUUCGCUCACAGUGGGCCACACGCAAUGCUGCUGCCCAUCUUGCUGUGCGUCGCCACUUACCGACCACUGAGCGUGCGCACUUUAGCCAGUACAAGAGUGCUCAGACCUUGUACGACGCAGUAGUUGCAGGCUACUCCUCCCCUUCCACUACUGCGCUUAGCCGCCUCAUGCUGCCGUACCAGUUCCCUGACCUUGCUUCCUUUCCCACAGUCGCUGACCUCAUUACGCACCUUCGCACUAGUGACACUCGCUACCGCGCUGCGCUUCCUACUGAGUUCUGUGCCAAGAACCCCCCCCCCCCCCCCAUGUACAUCACCCUCUACUACAUAGUCACCCGGCUCCCUGACUCCCUUCGCUUAGUCAGGGACCACUUCCUCUCAGUUUGCCCCACCACACUCACCGUUGAUCUCCUCGAGGAGCGCCUCCUAGCAGCAGAGAAGAGCAUAGUCGCUGUAGGAGCCUCUCGUGGUGACCCUCGCACCCCCGUCUUUGAGGGUCGGUCGGCGCGGCGUCUGCCCCUAGCGGGAGACGCCGCACCGGCAAGGGCAAGGGGGGCAAGGGCGCUGGAGGGGCUGGCGGGGGCGGUGGAGGUGGUGGUGGAGGCAGUGGAGGGGGUGGGGGUGGUGGUGGGAGUGGUGGCGGGGUUGGAGGUGUCGGUGGCAGCAGUGGAGGCGGAGGAGGCGGCGGCGGUGGCGGAGGGAGCGGAGGCGGCGGAGGUGGUGGAGGCGGCGGAGGUGGCGGAAGCGGCGGAGGUGGCGGAGGCGGCGGCGGCAGCGGUGGAGCUGGUCGCGGCUCUGCGUAGAGGAGUGGCUCCGGUGCGCGGUGGGGGUACUGGUCCCUGUACCUACGUCCUCUGUACCGGCAACCGCACUGGUGAGCAGUGCGGGGGCCCGCACUCCACCCAGCGCUGCUUCGGCCGCGUGACGGACGCGUGGCGUCACCAGUUCCUUGAUGCCACUGAGAUCCUUCGCUGGGGAGAGCUGUCUAGGGCGGGGGUUGCUGUCUUUGAUCUUGAUUAUGAUGCUAUUCUUGCUGCCAUGUAUGCUGUGUCUGAUAGUGUUGAGGGUGACUGUUACCUGUGUGUUCCGCCUGACCCGGGCAUUGAGACUGCUGCUCUAGGUGCUGGUGAGGCUGCUGCUCUAGGUGCUAGUGCGUCUGCUGCCCCAGGUACUGGUGAGUCUGCUCUCUCAGGUACUACGUCGGCUCAGGCCUUACAUACCUUCACCCUUGACUCGGGGGCUUCCCGCUCCUUCUUUCGAGACCGCACCACGCUUACGCCGCUUAGUCGGCCGGUUGCGGUCUCCCUGGAGGACCCCUCUGGGGGUCCUGACCUUGCUAGCUUCUCCACUGUCUUACCGUGCCCAGCCGCCCCCUCUGGCACCCUGUCAGGUCUCUACCUCCCCUCGUUCUCUACGAACUUGGUGAGUGGAGCUGAUCUACAAGACAGGGGGGUUGACCAGUUCACUCCUACGAGUCAGCGGGUGACCCACUGCACGUGUGCUCGCACAGGCCGACACUUGGCCACGUUCACCCGUCGGCCGGGGUCGAGCCUGUACACACUUACUACUGAGUCUCCUCCUGCUGCUGAGUCUGGUCAGGUAGCUGCGUCGAGUCAGCUGUUUGCUGCAGCGUCCAGGUCUGGUCCUGAGUCUGCUCCCUGCUCGUUUCGUCUCCUGUCCCACCAGACUCUCCCUUGGCACCACCGCCUUGGUCACCCCUCCCUGCCUCGUCUCGGAGGCAUGGCCUCCCGUGUCCUUGUUGAGAAGAAUAGAACGAGAAUGAAAUGA